UAUUUCGAAGCCAAGCUCGCACGCGGUGUCUGAGAGAUUCAAGCCGGGGCUGGGAGGGCGAGCCGGUGCGGGAGGGAGACGCCCUUUUUUCUGCCGUCGGAAGCCAGCGAGGGAGGGUGGUACCCACUCCCCCAGUCCAGUGUCCUGAUGCCCAGCGUCAACGCCAGCCGCAAGGGUCAGGAGAAGCCGCGGGAGAUCGUGGACGCGGUGGAAGAUUAUGCCAAAGAGAGAUAUGGGAUAUCCUCUAUGAUACAAUCACAAGAAAAACCAGAUAGAGUUUUGGUUCGAGUUAAAGACUUGACAGUAGAAAAGGCUGAUGAUGUUGUAUGGGUCCGUGCACGAGUUCAUACAAGUAGAGCAAAAGGGAAGCAAUGCUUCUUAGUCCUGAGGCAGCAGCAGUUUAAUGUCCAGGCUCUUGUGGCAGUGGGAGAGCACGCAAGCAAGCAGAUGGUUAAAUUUGCUGCCAACAUCAACAAAGAAAGUAUUAUUGAUGUGGAAGGCAUUGUGAGAAAAGUAAAUCAGAAAAUUGGAAGCUGUACACAGCAAGACGUUGAGUUACAUGUCCAGAAGAUUUAUGUGAUCAGUUUGGCCGAACCUCGCCUGCCCUUGCAGCUGGAUGAUGCUGUUCGGCCUGAAGUGGAAGGUGAAGAGGAAGGAAGAGCUACUGUUAACCAGGAUACACGAUUAGACAACAGAGUCAUUGAUCUUAGGACAUCAACUAGUCAGGCUGUCUUCCGUCUCCAGUCCGGCAUCUGCCAUCUCUUCCGAGAAACAUUAAUUAACAAAGGUUUUGUGGAAAUCCAAACUCCUAAAAUUAUUUCAGCUGCCAGUGAAGGAGGAGCCAAUGUUUUUACUGUGUCCUAUUUUAAAAAUAAUGCCUACCUUGCUCAGUCCCCACAACUGUAUAAGCAGAUGUGCAUCUGUGCUGAUUUUGAGAAGGUUUUCUGCAUUGGACCAGUUUUUAGAGCCGAAGACUCCAAUACCCAUAGACAUCUGACUGAAUUUGUUGGUUUGGAUAUUGAAAUGGCUUUUAAUUAUCAUUACCAUGAAGUUGUAGAAGAAAUUGCUGAUACCUUGGUGCAAAUAUUCAAAGGACUUCAAGAAAGGUUUCAGACUGAAAUUCAAACUGUGAAUAAACAGUUCCCAUGUGAGCCCUUCAAAUUUUUGGAGCCAACUCUAAGACUGGAGUAUUGUGAAGCUUUGGCUAUGCUUAGAGAAGCAGGAGUUGAAAUGGGAGAUGAGGAAGAUCUAAGUACACCAAAUGAAAAGCUGUUGGGUCGUUUGGUGAAGGAAAAGUAUGAUACAGACUUUUAUGUUCUUGAUAAAUAUCCAUUGGCUGUAAGACCUUUCUAUACCAUGCCUGACCCAAGAAAUCCUAAACACUCCAACUCUUAUGACAUGUUCAUGAGAGGAGAAGAAAUACUGUCUGGAGCACAAAGAAUACAUGAUCCUCAGUUGCUAACAGAGAGAGCUUUGCACCAUGGAAUUGAUUUGGAGAAAAUCAAAGCUUACAUUGAUUCCUUUCGAUUUGGAGCCCCUCCUCAUGCUGGUGGAGGCAUUGGGUUGGAAAGAGUGACAAUGCUGUUCUUAGGAUUGCAUAAUGUACGUCAGACAUCGAUGUUCCCUCGUGACCCCAAACGACUCACGCCUUAAACCACACUUUUUAUUCUCUCUAGUAAUCUGCUGUUGAUCAGGUUACACCUGAGGUAGUUAAGAUAUGCAGUAAAAUAACUGUCUUACUAAAGUGCCACGAUUCUUUUUUAAAUACUUCAGUACAAAUUAACUUAAGAAAAAACAUUUUGAACUUCAGAUAUAUUUCAGUAGGACAUGCUUGAACAUUUUAAUAGAACUUUCUAUGGUGAAAAUCUGUAGUCUAUCACUAUAGAAAAUGUUAAGGAGACUUUUAAGCAGUUUAAGAUUGUAUAAUUUUUUUCUUUUUUUUUUUUUUUUUUUUCGAGAUAGGGUUUCUUUGUGGCUUUGGAGCCUGUCCUGGAACUAGCUCUGUAGACUAGGCUGGUCUCGAACUCACAGAGAUCCGCCUGCCUCUGCCUCCCGAGUGCUGGGAUUAAAGGCGUGCGCCACCAUUGCCCGGCUUUUUUUCUUUUCUAUAUUAUGGUAGCCACAUACUAAUAUCCUAAAUUUUCAGUAUUUGUACUUUUAAAUGAUGACAUUGAGAAAAAGAAAUUGGAGAAAUAACCAAGAUUUUAACAUAUAUAAGAUAGAUAAGUCACAGAAAAUUAGAGUAUGAGUUUAAAGUUAUCUGCAGCAAUCAUGUGAGGCAAGUGAGAACACUGGCUAGAAACAGUAACACCAAAACACUUCAGUUCUGAUGUUGGAAUUCAAUAAAACCCUAAAGCUAA